AUGCCAAGAAUUGGCUAUACAAUACUGGCAAUUAUAAUGGCGAUAUUCUGUACGGCAUCCCUCUUCCUCAAUAUUACAGUGAUUUUGGUGACAUUUAAGUUUCGGCAGCUAAGGCAUCCCAUCAAUUAUUCUUUAGUCAACCUUGCAAUUGCUGACCUGGGAGUCACCAUAUUGGGAGGCCUCUUGACCGUUGAAACCAAUGCAGUUGGCUAUUUCAACCUCGGUAGAAUAGGAUGUGUCAUAGAAGGGUUUGCUGUAGCUUUUUUUGGAAUUGCAGCACUCUGCACUAUCGCUGUAAUCGCAGUGGACCGCGUGGUUGUGGUGUGUAAACCUAUGGGUACCAUGACCUUUACCCCCAAGCAGGCCCUAGCUGGAAUUGCUGUUUCCUGGAUCUGGUCUCUGAUUUGGAACACGCCACCUCUCUUUGGCUGGGGUAGUUAUCAGCUGGAAGGGGUGGAGACCUCCUGUGCUCCAGACUGGAACAAUCCUGACCCCAUCAAUAUGUCUUACAUCAUCUGCUAUUUCUCAUUCUGCUUUGCAAUCCCAUUUGUCACCAUCCUGGUCUCUUAUGGAUAUCUCAUGUGGACUCUACGUCAGGUAGCCAAACUUGGUGUGGCAGAAGGAGGAACUACCAGCAAAGCUGAGGUCCAGGUCUCCCGCAUGGUCCUAGUGAUGAUAUUGGCUUUUCUUAUUUGUUGGCUCCCAUAUGCGGCUUUUGCAAUGAUGGUUGUGGCAAAUCCUGGCAUGUAUAUCAAUCCAGUAAUAGCCACUGUGCCAAUGUACCUGACUAAAACCAGCACUGUCUAUAAUCCUAUUAUCUACAUAUUUAUGAACAGGCAGGUAAGACUAUAA